AUGGACAGUACUGAGCUUCGAAAUGCGUCAGACUUUCGUCGCUCUCCGCAGGACAACGACAAUACCACUGUUCAAGCAAGCAGCCAGGAACCACCCACUACUCAGUCCCUACCACCAUGCGAUGUGGGAUUGGCAGCAUGGAGACUACUUCUAGCCGCUUUCGUUUUCGAGGCCUUGCUCUGGGGAUUUCCUCUCUCCUUUGGUGUCUUUCAGGAUUACUAUUCAACCCUUCCCCAAUUCAAAGACAACUCAUACAUCUCAAUUGUUGGCACCACGGCUUCUGGUAUCUCGUAUAUAGCGGCCCCAAUUAUGGUUCCUCUCAUCAGGCGCUAUUCCAAGUACAGGCGUCAAAUGAUAUGGUUUGGUUGGCCGUUCUGUAUCUUAGGUCUUGUGGCUGGCUCCUUUGCUCAAACGCUGGGAGCACUGAUAUUUACGCAAGGAAUCAUGUACAGUGUUGGCUUUAUCAUUUUUUAUUAUCCUAUCCUUGAAAUGGUCAAUGAGUUCUGGGUCGUGAGACGAGGUAUGGCUUAUGGACUUCUCUGCAGUGCCUCAGGAGUAUCAGGAGCAGCGAUGCCCGUCAUAUUGAGGACGCUGCUGGAAAGAUAUGGGUACCCUACAACACUGCGAGCCACUGCAGUCGCCCUAUUUCUUCUUACCGGUCCACUGCUUCCCUUGCUGAAGGGACGUCUUCCUGACACUGGAGUCAGUGCCCCUGUCAAGACUAACUGGAGAUUCAUCAAGAGACCACUGUUCUGGAUCUACAGUGUCUCCAACUUCGCAAUGGGCCUGGGCUACUUCUUUCCUGCACUCUAUCUCCCUUCAUACGCGACUUCGAAUGGUAUGAGUGCCACAAAGGGCGCCUUGCUUCUGACUCUGAUGAGCCUCGCCCAGGUCUUUGGCCAGCUAAGCUUUGGAUAUCUUUCCGACGGCAAAGUUCCUUUGACCCUGCUUACCAUUACUUCAUCGCUGGUCGCAGCCAUUGCAGUAUAUACUUGUUGGGGUCUGGCCAGCGCGUUUCACACCCUUGCCAUCUUCGCUUUGGUCUACGGCUUUUUUGGUGCUGGAUAUACAGCUACGUGGGGCCGCAUUGGCACCGCAAUCGAUAGUGAGCCCAACGCAGCUUUCGCAGCAUUUGCAUUGCUGAAUUUCGGCAAAGGUAUAGGCAACGUACUGGCGGGUCCUAUCGGUGGUGCAUUACUGAACACGAAUCUUCAAGCCGGCCGAUACGAAGGACGAGCUUAUGGGAGGAUAGUGAUGUUCACUGGAUCAUGCCUAUUAGUGAGCGCAGCUACGAUCGUGGUAUGCUUUUUGGACGCUGCCAAGCUGAGUAGCGUAUUGCGGAAGCUGAAGGUCAUCACGAGCUUCCGCUAA